AUGGAGGAGUGGCAGGAAGAACAUAGGUGGAAGAAUGGCAAGGAGAAUAUAGAUGGAGGAGUGGCAGGGAGAAGGGCAAAUGGUCUGCGGCGUCGUGGGAGACAGACCUACACCAGGUACCAGACUCUCGAGCUGGAGAAGGAGUUCCACACAAACCACUACCUUACUCGGCGAAGAAGAAUAGAAAUGGCGCACGCCCUCUGCCUCACCGAGCGACAGAUCAAGAUAUGGUUCCAGAACCGAAGGAUGAAGCUGAAGAAGGAGAUCCAGGCGAUUAAGGAACUUAACGAGCAGGAGAAACAAGCUCAGGCGUCGAAACUAGCACAACAGAAUGCCGCGAACAAUGCCCAGUCCAUGACCGCGAACCAGGGGGCGGGAGGGGGGCCCG